AUUACCAGUUUGAUUACACACCUUGUAAAAUGGAGCUAUCUACUUUAUCAAUUUUGGUAAAGAAUAGCCAAGUGAACCGUUUUCAGUACCAAGUUGAGGUGAAAUAUGCCGGUAAAAAAUGGACAAAACACAAGAGCUUUGCGGAAUUUGAACAACUUCAAGAUACCUUAUUACGAAAUAACUAUUCGGAUGUCCCUUUCCUACCCGAUGUGAACUUUGCUGCGGGGUUUGGUGCCCUUGAUGAACUUCAUCAUGCGGAAUCCUCUCUUCAAGAAUUUCUGUUGGAACUAUUCCGUCGCCCAGAUACAAGAUCAAGUAUCGACGUUUUAACCUUUGUUGAUUUACUUCAGCAUCUAAAGGAGGUACCAAAACCCGUUGCUGCGGAAUAUCUAACAGGGACGGAAGCCUACAACCUAUCUGUAUCUGACUAUGUAUGCCUAGAGGAGGAUUCACUAUUAAUUGUUUCAUACGAGGAAAAAACUGUUCUGAGUAAAUUAGGAAGACUGUGGUCCAUAAUUGAACCAGAUGUGAUUGGUGCAAUUCGAAUUUUCAGCUUUGAAAAAGGUAUAAAAAAGGGUUUUAACUUAGAACUACAUAUGGACUUUAUAGCAAAAGUACGUUGCAUGGCCUAUGAUAAAGAUACUUCCACACUGUUUGUUGCAACAGGUGAUGGCUAUGUAAAGAGAUUUAAACUAAUAAAAGCAGCUAAACCCAAGGAAGUGACAUUGGAAUUUCUAGAUGAGGUACUAAUACACGAGAAUGCUAUUCUUACAAUAUCCCUCAAAUCAAACCUCUACUAUACAUGUGGUUACGACGGUAACAUUAGACGUGUGGAAGUCAAGACUAACAAAGUUAUUGGAGGAGGAAAAUUAAGCAAAAGACUUAAUGGUGACAAAUUGAUGACAUCAGAAACUACAUCUGACGAUGUCAUGAUUGUUGGCACUACAGGAAAUGUGCUACACAUGUAUUAUAUGGGCAAAGAAAUUCCACAGUUUAUACAGUCGGUAUCAAUUCCGCAACCAUGUACAAUCCACAAGAUCGUUACAAACCAAAAAAAUGUCUUUGUUGCGCACGGGAAUUGCAUAUCAUGCUACUCCUUGGCAAAGGCGCAAGUAGAUCCUGAUCAAGGUCCUCGUUCUAAUGCACAUGUGAUUGAACUAUCGUCAAUAAGAAAAGUUAGUACAAAGAAUUCGGAAAUCGUGAAUGUUAGUAUCCCAAUGAGUAUUAGAUCUGCUCAGUUUUCCAUAAAUUCAGUGGGAUCAAGCUUUGCUGCCUACAAUGUCUAUGACUUUGUGAUCCGCAGCACCUCUAGACAGAUUAUCGCAGCAUACGAUCAAGUCCACUUUAUCCAUUUGAUUCGUGAUGGAAAUACUCUCAUUUCCGGAGGUUCUGAUGGCGAUGUUAGAGUAUGGAAACUACCAAACGACGAUGACUUGGUCCUCUGGUCCCCAUCUAGGUCAUAA